AUGCCCAACCUCUGGGACACCGCGAUUAGGUCCCUGACCAGGAAGAUGCCGUCGUGGAUGCCUCACCUGACAUCGUUUUUUGCACUUUACAACGACCUCUUCCAAUCUCUGAGCACCAUCGAGUGCUCAUCUUCUAUCCUCCACCUCUCCACGGUGUUCCUACAGCGGCGCCAAGCGGCAAUCGUCCUGGCGCGGGCGCGGCGCGCCAACAGCGGCUGGGAGGAGCUGCGCAAGGGGAACCUGGAGCGCGAGUGCAUGGAGGAGCGCUGCAGCUUCGAGGAGGCGCGCGAGGUGUUCGAGAACAUCGACGCCACGAAUGAAUUCUGGAACAAGUACUCGGACGGAGACCAGUGCAGCUCCAACCCGUGCAAGAAUAAUGGCGUCUGCAAGGACGGGAUCAACGAGUACACCUGCUACUGCCUCAGCGGCUACGACGGGAACACCUGCGAAAUAUCCAAAUUGGGCUGCACCUUCCGUAAUGGCGGCUGCCAGCACUUUUGCCAGGGCUCGGACGAGCAGUUCUCCUGCUCCUGCGCCAAGGACUACAAACUGCACGCCGACGGCAAGUCCUGCCAGCCCGUGGUGCCCUUCCCGUGUGGCAGAAUCCAGGUGCAGGUGAAGAAGCCUCGGUCGAAGCGAGAGGCUUCAUCCGUCACCGUGGAAAAGCCGGUCCAACUCGUGCCCCCUAACUCCACGGUGUCCGACAACAGCAGCUACAUUGCAGAGGGGUCCGAGGGGGACUUACGCAUCGCGGGGGGACAAGAAUGCCCCCUCGGGGAGUGUCCCUGGCAGGUUCUGCUGUUGGACAAGAAGGGUGAAGGCUUUUGUGGCGGAACCAUCCUCAGCCGGGAGUGGGUCCUGACGGCCGCCCACUGCAUCCCGUCUGAGCCUGACAUCGUCAUCGUCGGUGAGCACAACCGCACGGUGUCCGAGCCCACGGAGCAGACGAUAUCCAUCAAGCAGAUCGUGAUGCACAACCGCUUUAACAACGCCACCUACGACAAUGACAUUGCGCUGCUGCAGAUGAGCGAGCCCAUAAAGUUCAACAAGUACGUGCUGCCCGCCUGCCUGCCCGAGCCGGACUUUGCGGACAAUGUGCUCAAGGAGGAGCUGGCUCGCAUCAGCGGCUGGGGUUACCUGCGUGAGCGCGGGUUAAAGGCCAAAGUGCUGCAGACGUCCUUUGUGCCGUACCAGGACAUGGCACGGUGCAAGGAAUCGAGCAGCUACACCAUCACCAAGAACAUGUUUUGCGCCGGCUACAGCGACUCGAAGACGGACGCAUGCCAGGGUGACAGCGGUGGCCCCCAUGUCACGCCCUACGCCAACACGUGGUUCUCUACCGGCAUCAUCAGCUGGGGCGAGGGCUGCAAUCGCAAGGGCAAGUUCGGGAUCUACGCCCGCGUCUCACGCUAUUUGCCCUGGAUCGACACGGUGAUGAAGAACUACAGUGUCUACAAGGACGAAAUCCCCACCGCUGGGCGCAAUCUCCGGCGUAGCCGCCAGAACUGAGCGUCGGCGCCGGCAGAUGAUCGGGGAGGUCGGGGGUGGGGUGGGGGACAAAAACAACGCCACAAUGGGAGAGUUGGGGAGUGGAAAAUGAUGGGGAUACGUUUGAAAGAUAAUCCACAAGGUGCUCGAAGUUGAGUAUCGGUUUUAGUUGUCGUAUACCGUUGUGUUGAUUUAAGGGUGUCUUGAAGGGAUAAACUUGAUAACCCACAA